AGGAGGAGUAAGGAGGUAGAGGCAGGGAGGGUGGAGACCCGUGACUCUGAGCCUCGCUAUGAUAAGCUUCUGGCAUUCUAUAUCCAUUAUACUAUUAUUUUUCUCUAUUUUAGUUAUAUCAAGAAAGAAAUUAUCUGCUAAUGUCAACUAUAAGUGCAUGCACAUAAUUCACAUUCUCAUAUUAUAACAACAUUGAAAGUCAAGUGAAACAUGGUCUCAUGAUAUACGGCCUACCUUGUACAGAAGUUAAAAACCUCAGUCUAACUACACCAAGAGAUUAGUUUUCUUACACGAUUCUCUCCCUUACGUUAAGUUAGGUUAGUGAAAAGUAAUAAUUUCGUACUCGGUUUACUCGGUUUCAGUGUAAUAAAUACCGAAAUACUCGGUUUGCAGAAAGUACUCGGUUCGCCCAUCACUAGUAAACAACACCACGCCGCAGCUGUCUGUCUGUCUGACCUGUGUGUGGCGUGUCCACUCCACUCCACUCUCGCCACUCCAGAGUCCCUUCCACCAGUGUCCACCGCCUCAACGCACACAGGAAUGGAGGAGCUACUAAGGCUAGGAGUACUGGGGGAUGAAGACUUUGCCAGACUGCUGAAGUGCAUAGUGGACACCAAGACACCAACAUGUGAUGUGUGUGAGGUGGUGAGGUCUGCAGUGCAGGCAAGGGAAGGCACCUCCUCACCAGCUGCCAACAACCCACUCCUCACAAGACUUUACUGGGAUAUCCUCAGCCAGUGGCUUGUGCCUCCACUGCUGGAAAUCAUCCUCAGAUAUUCCACAGAACUAUCCAGGGUCUCCUCAUCAUCUGCAGACAUUGACAUCACUCAAAGGACUAAUGGCGCAGGAAGUGAGCAUUUUCCAUUAGAUUGCAGUGUCUCAAAGGAUGAUGGAAAGACUCAGCAAUGCUGCAGUGAGCUGCCACAAGAGUCUGCUUCACAUAUCAAGUACGAGGAAGCAAAUCUCAUAACCAAAUGUGAUUUGGUUGCUGUGAUCUCAAAAGUUGUGUGUGGUGUCCCAGCAGCUCCCUGCCAUGUGUCUGAGUUUGGUGACUCACUAAGGCAGGGUAACUCAGAGGUUCAAGAGACGUUUAAAUUACUGAGAAGGAUAUUUGAAGCCAUUGCUACAGCUUUCCGUAUGGAACUUCAAGAUGUACUGUGUGAGGAGAAGAGGCACAGGGUCAAACUUCUUUCACUUGCCUUUUCCUCUUUGUUGUGGGAUGGGUGUUUUGUGGAAGUGAAUGGAUUUCAGUGUGCAGCCAGACAAGUGGUAAAGGCAGUGCUGUCUACUGUUGAAGUGUGGCAUGACCCAGACAUUACUGCCUCUCUCUUCACUCUUGUCAUCAUGCCCUUUGUUGAAGCGAACACUGAUGACAGGAGUGAAGUCAUUCAGAAGGUGUGGGGUCUUCUGAACAGCUUGUAUAGUGUGGGUGAGGAUGGGGCAGUGUUGGAGAGGAGUAGUGUGGGGCUUGUAGUAUUGUGCUUUUUGAGUGACCUCAUGUCUGAUGGAGAGAUCUUCAAGUGGAUCAACAUGGAUGAAAAGUUUUGGGUCAUUGUUCAGUACAGUCUUGCUCACAGUGAUCCUUUCUCGCGGAAGAGGGGCCGUCAUGUUCUCAGGAAAUGUGUGGAUCAGUAUUCCUCGUGGAAAUGUUCAUCACAAUAUUUACCCCAGCUGGAGGGGCAGGAGGAGUUGGUAAUGCAACUGUGGAAUGAUUUCUUCCUUCUUCUUGAAACUCUUGAAGAAAAGCAGAUUCAUGUAGUCAAACCUGUGCUAGAGAAGCUUGAUGCACUGAUAAGUAGUUGCAAAAAGGAGGUAAUGCAUCCUUCAUGGGCUGUGGUUGUGCUGCGGAGACUCCUUGGGCAAGAGGGCAGGACCAUCAGGGUGUGGGGAGCAGGCAAGGUGCUGGGGCUGAGACUGUCCCAACAAGUGCUGGAGCAAGGUGUUCUCUCCUUCAUCACCCACCACCUGCUGCCAGCUCUUGCUGACUAUUCACUCUACAGCCGAGAACCAGACCAGCAGAGAGGUGAGCCCUCCAGGAUUGGGAGCCAGAUUCCACCUUUCUUGAGCAGUGUGGUGGGUGCUUUGGAUGAUGUUUACCGUCACAGAUUUAUGGUGGUUCUGUUAGAAAAACUGUUUGAUGGACAGCCGUGGGGGGGUAUCCCACUCUUUUAUAUAGUCCGCAGUCUAGCCCUGCUGCCUCCUGUCCCAGCCUGGAAGUUCUUGCAGAAUAAAAAAGCUGCUAUCAAUCUUGAGGCUUGCCUUAGCACCCAGGAAAUAGGGCUGCGUUCAGCGAGUCAGUGUGACUUUUUGAGAGCAUUGCUAAAACAUUCGUGUCCCAGCACUACCUUCCUGGAGAUGUGCCACCUUAUAGGCCAAUUGAGGCGGCAAGAAAGCUGGCAACGAGGCACCACCACUUGGCAAGCCAUCCUGGAAAGUGUAAAAGACUGUCCAGAGAGUCGACAGGACAGACUGCGUGCCCUUCAGCAGGCCAUUGCUGGGCAGCUCACCCCUGACUCUUGUUGUGAUGUACCACCUCAUGAUGUUGCUCUGGGACUGUGUCUGGCUGUGGAGGAGGAGGGUGGUGACAGUAUUGGAGAGGCCCUUGUCCCGCUUAUUCUGUUCUUGGAGGACUGUCAUCUCCGUCCAUACCAGGACCCCCAUAGCAGGGUGUGGGUGGUGCAGCUGCUGACCCACAUGCUGCAGAUUCUUUGUGACAGUGUCCCUGGAACCCCAGCUUGCCGAGAGCUACUUUUGUCAGGCUUGAGUGAUGGGCUGGACUGCCUGCUGCAGCUGUUUGUGUCUCGACUGAGCAGCUACAGCCAACCUGAUCAUCUUGAGGAUCUGCAACUGUACCUGGAGCUGUUGAGACACUGCAACGGUCUGCGAUGGUCACAAACAGUGGCAUGGAGGCACUACCCAGAGGUGAUGGAGGGAUGCCGCAGUCUUUUGGAGCAGCAACAGUCUGUGCCAGCCUCCCUUGGAGUGGUAGUGCUGGAGCACCUGCUGGAAUACUACUUCCCUGCUGCUCCACCACACCACCAGGAUGAGGCUGCUCUGCUGCUCACCCUGCACCCAAAGGCACUCACUCAGACCAGGCUGCUCCCAGGCCAUGAGCUGUCCACGACUACCUCAAGACUGCUGCAGGUGACUCCGUGCAGUUCCUGGCACUGUGUGGAGCUGCUACUGAUGGCCAAGGAAAAGUGGUGGCUGGGUAAAGACGGUGAGAGGAUGGAGGCCGCAGUGCUGGAGGUGCUGCCUGAGUGUGUGGCCAGCGCCGGCCGCCCCACCAUUGCCCACAUCUUCCAAGUGGCUGCAGCCCUGGCACCAACACUUGUGAGGACUGUCAUGUGGGUGGAGGUGUUGGAGGCCAUGUGGGCUGCCACCUUUGAGUUUCGCAAAGGCUGUGAUCUCUACAGAGGUUUGAUUGGCUGCCUGACUGACUUACUCUUCCACAGAGAUGCCCUGGCCUGCCCAGACUGCCAUGCCUCCAUCAUAAAGGUGUCACAGGAGCUGCUGAAGGCUGGUGAGGGUGUGCAGGGGAUAGCUUCCCACAUGGCCCUCAGUCUUUCAUCUUCCCUAGUGAAGGCAGGGAUUGGGGAGCCUGGGUGGUUUAAAUUACUGGCCAAGGAAGUAUUGGUGCCGCUGGUGAUGUUUGGUGCUGUGUUCCGUAAGCAGCAGCGAGUCGUGCGUGACACCCUGCUGUUUGUAGGGAGCUGUGGGAACUGCUACACCUGCACCACACACAGUGACCCCAAUUCAGAUUGCUGGGCACGAGCCAUUGUCCUGCGCUUCCUGCUGACUCUGAGGCUGGAGCGAGCAGAGGACAAGGUGGCAGCAGCAGCAGUUGUCGAGGGCAUUAAGUACCAGUAUGCCCGGGCCUCAGGCCACCACCGAGACUUUCCUAACUCUCAAAACCAUCGCUACAAGACCCGGCUGCUGCAAGCCUUCCUGUUGCUGGUGCCUCUCCUGAACCAGAAUGAGUGUGAUGCCUGCCUGGCCUGGGUGUGUGAGGGGCUAACCUGUGACCACCAGCAGCCCAGCAUCAGGUAUCUCCAGGAGUGGGGGGCUGCUCUCCUCCCAAUCCUUCACCCCACCCUCUACCCUGCCCUGCUGCACCACCACUUCAAGGGUGUGGAAGUGAGGGCGGGAUGUGUGGGGUCCUUCCUAGCAGCCCUCACCCACGUAGCCUGCACCUCCUCAGACCCCGGAGUGAUGUCAACAGCUCUUACACACACUCUUGCCUGGUGCACUGCUCAGCACUUCAACACCAGAUUGUAUGCUCAGGUGUCACUGAGGAAGAUCUGGCAACACUGUAAGGAGCUGCAGAUGGAGGGUGUGCUGCAGGAAUUCCGUGCUGUACCACUGUGUCUUGUAGAGCGAGGGAACGCCGGCCGCAACACCAUCAACAUGCUCAAUGAUUUCUACUUUAAGGUGUUCCAUCCUGUGCAACACUACACUCUGCAGACCAUCUUCCACACCUUGCCCCAACUGUCCCUGCUGGCAGAUGAUGAGUGGAUGAGUGUGGAGUUCCUAAUGGGUGUGGCAGGGGAGGAACAGCUUCCCCUUCACACCUCCCUGCCUCUCCACAACACAGACUUGGCCCUCACCUGUGCCACGCCUGCCCCCUGGGUUGUCAAGGCUGCUGGAGAGGAACAGAUGGCAGAGGAAGAAGUAACCUGUCAAGUCAGAGAUGUGCAGAAAAAGAUUGUCCCCCAGAAGACUUUGGUGCCUGAAAUGAUGCCUCAUCCCCAUCAGACUGGGUGGGAGGGCAGACGUGGAGGACUGAUUGUGGUGGCAUCUCUGGUGGACAAAGCUGCCAACCUUGGGGGAUUGUGCCGCACCUGUGAGGCAUUUGGGGUGAGGGAGUUGGUGGUGGCAUCCCGCGCUAUACUGCAGGACCACACCUUCACCUCUCUCUCCCUCACUGCACACCGUUGGCUCCCCAUCACAGAGGUGAGGAGAGAGGACUUGCUGCCAUACCUCAAGACUAAACAAGGUGAAGGCUACACCCUGGUUGGUGCAGAACAGACGGCCCAGAGCGUUAGCCUGGAGGACUUUAAAUUCCCUGAGCUCACUGUAGUAGUGCUUGGGAAUGAGAGGGCUGGGGUGCCAUGUGAGGUGCUCCAGGUCCUACAGACCAGUGUACAGAUCCCCCAGAAUGGCAUUGUGCGCUCCCUCAAUGUGCACGUCUCUGGGGCACUCUUCGUGUGGGAGUACACUCGACAGCUCCUCACCUGCCCGCCUGGAGGUGGUGGUGGUGGUGGUGGUGGUGCAAGAAGAAAAUAGUGCAUUGGAUUCUGUGGUAAUAAAUGUAAUUACAGAAAAAAACAAGAAAUGCUGAAGAUGAAAUAUUGAUUUCAUUGAAUAGAUGGGUGUGAGGAAGUGGUGUCAGUGGAUCAGCUACACAGUAGCUUAUAGUUUGAUCCUGUGGGCAAGGAAGUGAGGAAUAAGGAAAGGAAGGAAAAGAAGCUUGGAAACAAUGUGCAAACUAAACCAGAAGUAGAAGAUAGGACACAGUAGAAGAGGGAGACCAGUUCACUUCCUUGGAACAAAUGCUUCUUGACAGGAGGGUAAGUUGGGAGAGGAAACAUUUUUGCAAGCAAUUUCAUCAUGCCAGGAGUGGAAAGAGAAAAAACAAGUAGCUCAUCACCAGCUGUCAAAUCUGUGGAGAUCUUGCCCUUGCUGUUAUGGGAGUUACUUGUUCUGUGUUUGGCAUCUUGUGCGUUUGUGCUGUGCUGGGCCCAGCAGAGAAGCUUUUUGUGCGUUUGUGCUGUGCUGGGCCCAGCAGAGAAGCUUUUGGUUGUCUGGUGUAUCUCUGUCUCCAUCAGUAAUUUUUUACCUACUCUUAUAUGGUGUGGAUUUAUAAAUCAGUAAGUUUCACAUCAUCACUCAUAUCAUAUUGAUGGAGGGCACAAAGUGUACUUAGUGAAAUUACUUUUCUGGUCAUUCUGGAGACUUUGUUUUCUCAUUUUUUGUCUAUUUAUGGUAUGAAAUAAAUUUUUUUAAACAAGAAAAGAAAUAUACACAUAAAUACAAAAUGUAGAUAUGUAA